AUGUCCAAAUCACGUCUCCCUCUAUACCUCGGUCUUGCCGCAGCCGGUGCCGGUGGCUACUAUCUCUACAAGUCCGGCGGCGACAUUGACGCCGCCAAAGCGCGUGCCAAAGCCGACGCAGAAAAAAUGCGCGCCAAAUUGCCACAUGCCAGUGAGGCCGAGCACAAGGGUAAAGAAAUUGGCGAGAAGGCGACUGCCUAUAUCGAUGAAAUUGUCGACUCAGCACACGCCAAAGCCAAGAAUGCCAACGCCCGCCUCGGAGAAGGCGCCAAAGAAAGUCUAGAGAAAGUCGAAAAGAUUAGUCACAAUACAGCCAAAGAAAUGGGUUCGGCCGUUGACAAGCUAGACCGGAAAGUGGAAGAGAAGGCGUCGGAGGCGAAGAAGAGUAUUUCGGGAUGGUUUGGGGGCUCGAAAUAA